AUAAAUGAGUUUUCUGGUCCAAGGCCUUCUUCUUGUUGUACCUAUCAAAAGGUGGUUGCCGUGUAUGUUCGAUCGGUUUGAAUGUAAGGGGCUGGAUGAGAGUAAUGCGUCAUUUUGGGUGGAUGUGGCCAGCAAUGUGCAGGGUCUCGAUGGGUCUCGAUAUAUCCAGAUGACGCAUGUGGUUGUGGUGAGCUGAUCUAUGCAGAUACAUCGAGCCAGGGUUGAGUUGGUGGGAGGUGGUGGGUUAUGAGGACCAGUCUCUGCUCCAACCCUCACCAUCUCCCAGCCAAUAACCAGUCAGUCAAAAUUUCACCUCAAGAUGAACGAUCGAGGACAACCCGAGCUAGCUGCAACCCCAGCUGUCGAAGUGUCCAAGCUGUUCUUCCGCUUCAAUCCCGAAUCUCUAGACGUAUUACGCGAUGUUAAUCUGGACCUCGAACGCGGCUCACGAUGUCUAUUGAUCGGUGCCAAUGGAGCUGGUAAAUCGACCUUACUCCAAAUCCUCGCUGGCAAACGAAUGUCCAAGUCGAAGGCGAAAGCGUUGGGUGAAGAUGUUUUCUUCAACACACCAGCAGGUGUCGCUUAUUUAGGCACCGAAUGGGCCAGCAACUCGGUCGUCCGAUCCGAUCUCGUCGUGUCACAUUUCCUAGAUUCGGUGGGAGGAUACCGCCACAAAAGUCGACGAGAUCGGCUGCUGAACAUUCUGGAUGUCGAUCUUGAUUGGCACAUGCACCAGAUCAGCGACGGGGAACGACGACGAGUUCAAAUCGUCCAAGGCCUGAUGGCUCCCUGGAACUUACUACUGCUUGACGAGGUUACUGUUGAUCUUGACGUCAUGGUCAGACAGGAAUUACUCCAGUUCUUGAUCGAAGAUACCAAAACAAGAGAUUGCACCGUCGUUUAUGCCACCCACAUCUUCGAUGGCUUAGACAAUUUCCCGACGCAUGUCUGCCAUCUCCAGAUCGGAUCCACGACGACUCCGAAGCCCAUCCCAUGGCCCAUCUCGCCCGAAACCGCUGUCCAAAACGAUUGCGGAAUCCCUCCGGAAGCACUCCACGAAAUCGCGAGCCCGGACAGGAUCGGCUCCAAGUUGCUCGUCCUCGCUUUGCAUUGGCUCAAGGAGGACCGACUGAUCAGAUUGAAACUCGAAGCCCAGGGCGAUCCUGCCUUCAAGAAACGCGGCGCUCUCCCCGAAAGCUCGGUUCCUACUGACUCGGAAGUUUUCUACCGAAAAUACGACUACACCAACUCGGCAUAAAACCAUCACAUUUGCACAAUAUUACUGUAUCCCCACUCCAUCCAAAUUCCACAAGAGAACAUGUUUUUUUCUUCUUGCCUCUAUAGACUUGUAGCUGCCCACAUAGAAUGUUUGAAAUUUGAUUUUCGUUAUUCUGGCCAAUUCUUGCUGCUACUCUACUUGUCAAAAUGGCUUUGACAGAUGCAUUACAUAUCAUACCCUACCAGAUGGUCAUGUCACUUUGCGGGCAGCUGGGAUCAAAUUACAUCCCUUUCAUUAAUCACAAUUUAAUCUAUGAGAACCCUCGGGUUACUUUCUUCUUGGAUAUACAAAACCUGUUUUGUAGGAUAUGUUCAAAGACCGGGCUUCUGAUCAAGGACUUGAUUGAUUCCUUUUUUGGUUAGGGAAUGCAAC